AUAAUCUAAUCUGUCCAACAUAAAAAUUCUUUUUUUAGAGGACACUAUAGGUACCCUAUAUAUUAGUUUAUUGAUUAAUGUACAUUUAUUGCUACAUAAUUAAAAUAAUUUGAAUUUGUACAGAAAAAAACAACUCUCAGGACAAACUAGUAGAUUUUAAUAACAUUUCAGAAUCUGAAAUUGAAGACAUAGUUGAUUCUGAUAAUGACCCAGAGUACCUUCCCAAACGUUCAGCAAAUGUUGAUAUGAGCCCAAUCAAAUCACCUGCAGUUAAUACAUUCAAUACACCAGUAAAAUCAACCAUUGUGUAUGAUAAUGUGCCUGAUAAAUCCCCAGAUAAUGUCAACAAUUACUACUUGAAAUCACCAAUCGGAAAAAUACUUGUUGAAAAAGAUGAUAUUUUGAGCAGUAAUCACCAAAAUCAUUUUAUUGGUACAUCAUCCCAGCCUGUUAUGAAUUCUUCUGUUGAUGAAACGAUGAAAACUUAUAAGCGAGCAUUAUUUAUGUCUGAGCCAUCAAAAAAAACUAUAAAAGAUACUGUUUUGAUUCCUGAAACAAACUCAACCACAAGACCCAGAAUUAACACAGACAAAGAAGAUCGUUAUUUAAUGCCACCAGCUGACUUUCAAAAGUUUGUUAUAACUUCAUUAACUAAAAUUAAAUAUGAUUUAACUGCAUUAAGUCACACUGUAAAUGCAUCAAACAUGAUUUUGGAGAGUGGAGUUUACAUUUACAAUUUAAGUAUUGAACAAAGCAUUUUUCCUGAUAACCUAAAAUUGGCAGUUGUUAAACCUUUAUUUAAAAGCGGAGAUAAAGCGUCUAUGACUAACUAUAGACCGAUAUCCAUGCUAAAUGCAAUUAGAGUUCAUCCAAAAUUUCAAAAUCUAAUUGAUAGAGAAUUUGAUGUACCACUAGCAACAUGGUUGGUUCAUGCUAAGUAUAGGAUGAUCAACAAAAAUAAUUAUAAUACUGCUACGAUGGAGUGA